UCACCGUCGAUGAUCCUCCAGAGAAAAUGUGAAUCUUUCCACAGAUAAGACGUCCAAGUCACGGUUGCGGCUAUACUAGCGAACUAUAUCGCACAUUUGCCGUCAUGUUGGACCGACCUGAUUUCUUGAUUGCGUCAAGUGUGCUUUUUUAUCUUGCGAAUAGGAGCAAGUUAAAAGAGCAGCAUAAACAAGCUUCAGCGCCGGAUUCAUCUGAUGACGAGCAGCUUUCCGACAUCCUUGAGUAUCGGGUUUGGCGCAGAGAUUGGCAAUUCUGUCUUGAAUGCAUGGCGAUGUUUAAUUUUCCCAAGUUGUCGAAUCAACAGGCAGCUAGAAGCUCGAUCAAAUCCCAACUUUCUAAAAACAAGUCAUUAUUAGGCUAAAUGCAAAUAAAAUGUCACAGGGGGUAUAAUAUUAAUCAAUCAAAUAACGAUCCUUUCCAUCACUGCGGAAUGGCAACAACAUUUCCAUCGUUCGACUGGGCUGACUUAUCAUUCCCACCCG